ACAGGAACAUCAAAACCACCUGCCAUGGCAGCACGCCAUGGUUUGUGGCCACUUGCGAGCAGUUGUACCCGACCAGUAGCCACCUCCAAGAAUCAAAGACGGUGGUCAGCUGCAACAUCGAGAGGGGCAGCCCUUGUUAGUAAUAUAAAAAUUGCUUUUUUUUACUCCCUAAUAUCCCUUCUCCCUCCUUUGAUCCCCUUCUUCUCCCUUCGGUAGCUUCUUCCCCUGUCUGCCAUGGUUUCCACAUCUUGAGCUCUAAGAGCACAAGCUCGCACUUGCAGCACUGCGGCAGCCAUGGUGACCAACUUCCUGCAGAACCAUCAGCUCCAGAACAACCAGUUCUUGCUCCCCAAGAGGCAGUUCGUGACCUACGCCCUCUACGCUCUCAUCCCUCUCGCCCUCCUCCAUUACCUUCUCUUCAACCCUGUGGCCACCGCCAAGAAGCCGCCGGUGGCGGUGGCUCAGGCGAGGGAUGACGCUGCGGUCAUCAUCUCGUCUCACCAUGAGCAUGUCAAGGUCAAUGCCAAGCAGCUGCCUCCGGACCAAGGAGAUCAUGAAGUGCUGAAGAAGAAGGAUGCGAAAGCCAGAGAAGUGGCGGCGCCGCCGUGUGAGUACUCCGACGGCGAAUGGGUGCCGGACGCGCGGCCGCCCCUGUACAACGGGACGAGCUGCGCCACGAUCAAGGACGGCCAGAAUUGCAUGGCGCACGGCAGGCCCGACACCGGAUACCUCUACUGGCGGUGGAAGCCGCGGCGGUGCGACCUCCCGGCGUUCUCCCCGGAGGCGUUCCUCGGCUGGCUCCGGAACAAGCACCUCGCCUUCGUCGGCGACUCGCUGGCGCGCAACCAGGCGGAGUCGCUGCUCUGCCUCCUGGCGUCCCGCUCCCCGCCGGAGCUCGUGUACCGGGACGGCGAGGAGAACAAGUUCCGGCGGUGGGCGUUCCGCGAGCACAACGCCACCGUGUCCAUCUUCUGGUCGCCGUUCCUGGUGAAGGUCGCCGAGAAGGCGGAGCACGCCGGCGUGCGGCACAACAACGUGUUCCUGGACUCGUUCGACGAGCGGUGGCUGUCCCAGCUGGGCGCGCUCGACGCCGUCGUGCUCUCCAUCGGGCACUGGUUCCUGAUCCCGGGCAUCUACCACGACGCCGGCGAGGUUGUCGGCUGCCACGACUGCGCCGAGUUCAACCACACCGAGGUCCCCUUCUUCGGCAUGUUCGAGCAGGCGGUCCACCGGACGCUCGCCGAGAUCAGCCGGCGCCACGUCGCCGGCGCGGACAAGGUGGUGGCGUUCACGACGUUCUCGCCGGCGCACUUCGAGGGGGAGUGGGACAAGGCCGGCGCGUGCAACAAGACGCGGCCGUACAAGAACGGCGACAAGGAGGCCGGGUACACGGAGGCGGAGAUGCGGAAGACCGUCGUGGAGGAGGUCGCCGCCGCCGCCGCCGCCGCCGGCACGGGCCUGCGGUUCGCGGCGCUGGACGUGACGACGCUGGCCGACCUCCGGCCGGACGGGCACCCCGGCCCGUACAUGCGCGCCGACCCGUUCGCCGGCGGCGCGGGCCCGCGGGUGCAGAACGACUGCGUGCACUGGUGCCUCCCUGGCGCCAUCGACACGUUCAACGAGAUUCUGCUCCAGACCAUCACCAGCAGCUGACGCCGCCGACGACGACCGAUCGAUCUUUUUCGUCGAUGAGCAUCAUGCUUAUUUGCCGAAUUUUGAAUUUUAAGUUGAUUUUGAGUUUUUUUA